UUAUACAAUCGAAAAGUUACUAUGAAAUUGUCUGCUCUAACGAAAUAUUGUCAUUCAGAUCGUUUAUAUAUUCCGUAUCGACAUAGUAUCUGCAACACACGAUUUUUGUAGUUUAUUUCGAAGAAAAUAUAAUCGCCAGUUUUUGUUUGUGUCUAGAAAAAUGGAUCGUUGGACGGACAGAGUCUUCUUGGUGACUGAAGCCAAUUCAGAGAUCGGGCGGUCUAUCAUUGUCGAACUGUCCAAAUAUCCUUUGAAAAUCGUCGCUGUAGCUCGGGAUAUCAUCUUAUUACAAAAAUUUACCAACGAGUUACAGUCUUCCGUUGCUAAAAUUUAUCCGAUUCAAUGUGAUUUGACUAAUAAAUCGGAAAUAAUAAAUGUGUUCAAAUGGAUCGAAACCACCAUCGGCCAAGGAGUGUCGGUUACGAUCAAUAACGCCAAUACAUCGAUUAACAGCAAAAUUUUGGACGGCGAAACGAAUGACUGGAAAUAUUUGUUCAAUCUUAAUUUUAUCGCAGUAAUUACAUGUUGUAGAGAGUCGAGUAAAUCGAUGAAGAAAUACGGAAUUGAUGGACACAUAAUAAAUAUAAACAGCACUGCUGGAUGCACCAUGCUACCAUAUCCAGGAGAAAAAGUGUACAAUGCUUCGAAAACUGCAGUUGCGUAUUUAACUGAAGGGUUUAGACACGAGCUCAUUAGUGAUGGAUUGAAAGUCAAAGUAACUAGUAUUAAUCCUGGAAAAGUAAACAAUGAAGCUAUCGGAAAUGUUUUAGAGAAUAAAAAUUCUAUUUUGUCGAUGAAGCCCGAAAGAGUAGCGUCUACGGUGAUUUUUGCACUAACUCAGCCGUCUGAUGUUGUGAUUGGUGAUCUGACCAUUCUAUCCGUGGGUGAAACCAUACAAACGUAUCCUCCACCCAUCAUAUCCUUAAAGUAAUAUAUAUUCGACAUAAUAUGUUUUUAUACAGAUAAUAAAUACGGCUUUGACGGACACAUCGGAUAUAUAAAUAUAUAAUAUAUGUUGUUUGUAUAUUAUUUAACGAUUGAUUAGCAUAAGGUCGAGUUUAGAAAUAAUUUAAUAAAUGCUAUCGUCGUCUAGCCUCUAGGA